CCGGCAGCCACACUGCCGACCGAAACUGGGGCCAUUUUGUCUAUAAAUAUCCCUUUGACCGACGAUUUUUCUCCAUUUCUUCCACCGUUCCUCUCCAAACCCCCAGAGUAAGAACUCAAAUUCCUCCUCUGUACCGUUUGGAGAGGCAGAUAAUCUGAUCGGAAAAAAACCCAAAAAAACCCAGUUAAACCCAAGAAAAACAUCUCAAGGAAUCGUCUUCUUGUUUUUUUCUUUUUCUCCAACAAAGAGUCUAUAUCUAUAUUAGAAGAAAAAGGGGGCAAAAAAAUAUGAUGGGGGAUACAUAUUGUUCAGAUUGCAAGAGGAACACGGAGGUGGUUUUCGAUCACGCGGCCGGGGAUACGGUGUGUUCCGAGUGUGGGUUGGUGUUGGAGUCGAGGUCAAUUGAUGAGACUUCCGAGUGGAGAACCUUCGCGGAUGAUUCGGGUGACCACGACCCGGUUCGUGUUGGAGGUCCAGUCAACCCGCUUCUUGGUGACGCCGGUCUUUCCACCGUGAUUUCCAAAGCUCCUAAUGGUUCCAAUGGGGAUUUCUCCCGCUUGCAGAGUCGUAGUGGGGAUCCUGAUCGAGCUUUAGUUUUGGCCUUCAAGGCCAUUGCUAACAUGGCGGAUAGGUUGAGCCUGGUGGCGACCAUAAAGGAUCGGGCAAGUGAGAUCUAUAAGAAGUUGGAAGAUCAGAAGUGUACCAGGGGAAGGAACUUAGAUGCAUUAGUGGCUGCAUGCAUUUACAUUGCGUGCAGGCAAGAGGGAAAGCCUCGUACUGUAAAAGAAAUCUGUACUAUUGCCAAUGGAGCCACAAAGAAAGAAAUAGGCCGAGCAAAAGAAUUCAUUGUCAAGCAGUUAAAGGUUGAAAUGGGGGACAAAAUGGAGAUGGGAACAAUACAUGCCGGUGACUAUUUGAGACGAUUUUGCUCGAACCUUGUUAUGAGCAAUGAAGAGGUUAAAGCUGUCCAAGAAACAGUUCAGAAGUCACAAGAAUUUGAUAUAAGGUAAAAUCUACCCUGGUUUCCUGAAGUCUUAUCUGAAAUAAACAUUGAAUGGACAUAUCUUUGGUUUUUGCUUGCCUGGUUCCCUUCAUUGAUGUCAGCACGUGUCUGAUGCUUCUUAUGUACUUCCAGAUGCAUCAUAUUAUGUACUGUUUGAAAUUCCAACUCUGAUCGUUCUCUUGCCUGCAUGUGGUGCAUCAUAUCCGUGUCAUUUGCAGUUGGAUAUAAGUAUUUUGGGUAAAAAAAAAAAAAAGAAAAAGUUUUUGACGCAUCCAGCCGCAAUUAUUUCUUUGCCUACUUUACGCUUUGUCUGCAAUGUCUUGAAUGUUGAGAUUAGUUGGUGUGAUUACUGAUUACAACUAGUGUAUGAAUCCUGAUGUUUUGAUGUUGGUAGUAUAUUAGUGACGGGAUAAAGCUGUUUGUCUACUUCAUGCUAUGUCUGAAAUGUCUUGAAUGUUGAGAUUAGUGGUGUGAUUAUGGCUUGUGUAUGGAUCCUGAUGUUUUGAUGUUGGUAGUAUUCGAAGGGUUAGUGACGGGGUAAGCUGUUGAUGGUCACUUCUGAUAAUUGAAAAGGUCGUUGAAGCAUAAGGGGUUAAUAGCACGUUUCUAAAUCUAUCUUAGUUGGCAAAAGGAAUUUGGUUUAUUUUGUGGUAAUCGAUUAGACAGAUUUUUGCUCAACAUGUUUGUUGAUCUUGGGGUUGAGAUGUGCCAAUGAUUCCAACUAUCAAAAAAUGAAACUAUCUGGAGUAUAAACCUUCAUGUUUAGGGAUGAUUUGGUUUUGGCUCAAUUCGUGCCUCAUUUGAGUUGGGUCAGGUUUAUUUUGCUGAUCUUUGUGAGGUUAGGUCCUCAUUCGUUCCUGUGAGUAAAUAACAGGAAGUUGAUGUCCUAUUUCAUUUAUAAGAGGAAACUUUGGUAUUGGAUUGAAUGUCUGUUUUAACCAAUUAUCAUAUCAUUGUUCCUCUUGUUACAGGAGGAGCCCCAUUUCUAUUGCAGCAGCCAUAAUUUUCAUGAUAAUUCAGCUCUCAGAUUCAAAGAAACCUUCCCUGAGAGGUUGGAGCUCUUGCCGUGAUCUAUCUAGCUAUAAAUGUAGGUGUCAAUUUAUAAUUUGAAUAGCAUGUUUGUUGAUUGAAAUUGUCGAUGCAGAAAUUUCGGUGGCUACUACAGUUGCUGAAGGCACAAUCAAGAAUGCAUAUAAGGAUCUCUUUCCCCAUGCAGCAAAGAUAAUACCAGAAUGGUUUGCCAAGGAAAAGGAUCUCAAAAAUCUUUCUAGUCCAAAAUCUUAGUUUUGGAUAUUGUUGUUGCCUUUUGAUGGUGUAGAAUGAAAAACAAUGUAACAACCAUUUACCAUUUUCCCUCCUUACUUACCCAUUGCAAAAUUUUGGACAAUUGAGUUGUACAUGUGGAAAAUUUGUCACAUAGGCUUUAUCAAUUGCUGAUUAUUUAUUGGAGCCAUGCAUGAUCAAGCUUUUUAUCCUUUGGGAAAAUCCGAUAAAACUGGAACAUUACCAAAACAGAAAGAGACACCUAUGGAACUUAACCUGCUGCAAUUCCUUAGCUUCUCCUUUCUUUUUUAUUAUCGUUGUUAAAACUUAAAACUUAGAAGACAAUGUGGACUACAGGCGGAAUUGAGCCCUUCAAAAUCUGCCCACCAGAUAUUUUAAGAAUACAAAAUGACUUGGUAACAAUUAAU